AUGGAGAUCAACCGGCUCGUGCUGCCGCAGCGCGAUGGGCUCGGCGACACGAGCGAGACGACGGCGGCCAAGGGGCGGGCGCGGUUCCGCUACCUCGAGGAGACGUCCUCGGUCCGCGACCCGCGCGAGGCGGGCAUGGAGCGCUACGCCUCCGGUUUAGGGCGGGACACGCUGAGCCUCGUGCGGUCCUGCGAGGUCGGCUACGAGACGACGGACCCGAGCGCCCUCAGCAAGGGCGACGCGAGCGACGACGAAGAUGACAACGACUCCGCCGACUCCGACGACGAGAAGCCGCCGCCGGCCGCGGCGCCCGUGUCGCACGUCGACGCCGAGGGCCACGGCCGCGGCGCGGAGGACCUGACGGCGGAAGAGAAGCAGACGAAUCUGAUGAUGGACAUGGACUGGGACACGACGCAGUGGUCCCUGCGCGAGAUCGAGGCCGCGUGCUCCGCCCUGGUCCAGGAAAUCAAGGACUGCCCGCUCGACGGGCCGGGGCAGAAAAGGCGCGACUACAGCCAGCAGAUGCUGCUCCGGUUGUGCAACCGCCACGUCGAGGCGCUGUAUUAUUUCGAACGAGUCUUGGAGUCCAUGGUCAACCACUCGCUGCCCGGGUUGUCCUACGGUUUGGACCAGCACGCGCUCAACUUGGCCCCGUUGCUCGCGGCGAUGGCUCCGAUCCACGACUACGCGCAGCGGCUCUUAGAUAUUAAGACGAUCCGGCGCGUCAUCGACAUCCUCCUCGUGGAGCCGAACCUCGCCGCGAACAUCAUCCAGUGCGCGGUCCACAUGCGCUUCUUCUGCGACCCGAACCACCGCCACUACGCGUCGAAGCCGCCCGCGGGGCCGCGACAGGGUGAUUCAACGCUCCCCGACGACGCGCCCGAGGCCGAGGUCCUGCUCCACGAGAAGGAGAACCGGGAGCGGUGCCGGCGCAAGUACUUCGCCAAGUGCAUGGAGCACGAGGCCCUCGUCAACAAGUGGAAGCGCGCCAAGGCCGAGCGGCUCGCGGAUUUGGACGGCUGGCGCCGCGCGUCCAUAGCGCGCAUGGACAAGGAGCCCGGCGGGUUGAAACGAAAGAAGAAGAGCGCAUUGAAAGGGGGCAUGGACUACCACCACGUCACCAAGACGGCCUUGGUGGACCGCGCCGUGCGGUCCUACCUGCAGCUCCUCGACGCGAUGGCGUCGUCGAAGCUCGUCGGCGUCGCGGAGCGGACGCGCCACGAGGUCUGCGGCAAGAAGGGCGAGGGCAUCACGGGCCUGGUGUGCAUCGCGCGGCUCCACGGCGACGACGAGAAGCGCUGCAAGGCGCUGCGGAUCUUGCUCCUGGUCGCGUCCGUGCCUCUGCUGGCGCGGUGCGUGCUCCACGGCAACGCGACGGGCCUGUGCGUGUCGCUCUUGAACGUGCGGGAGCCGCUCAAGGUGCGACGAUUGGCGCUCGACGUGCUCCAGGCGGCGUCGCUGUCCGUGCUCACGUGCUGCCGCCAGCCCGCGACCGCGCCCGCGUCGCCCGUUUUGGAGAAGCCCGCGCGUACCGCCGGCGACGGGUCCGGGACGCCGCCGCGGCCGGGCACGGGCGCGUCCGGCGCGUCGGACCGCGCGCCGUCGACGCCCGGCGGGUCCGAGGUCGACCGGCCGCCGUCGACGGCGGGCUCCGGCGGCCGGCGCAAGGCCCGGGGCGACCGGGGCGACGAGGCCUUCCACGAGCCCUGCGGCGAGGUGGACGCGGUCCGCGAGCUCGCGCGGCCGGGCUGGCUCGCCGUCGUGCUCGAGCUCCUCAACGGCCGCGACGAGGCCCUGUUCCUCGGCGCCGUGCGCUUCUGCCAGCGCUGCGCGGCGUCGUGCGAGGGCGCGAUGCGCCACGUGCUCAAGGAGGUGCUGGCCUUCGGCGGGCGGCCCCUCGAGCGCGCCAUCGUCGGCGGCCUGGCGUCGGGCCCGAACCGCGGCGGCCGCGGCGCGCUCGCGGGCUGCGCGUGCCUCGAGCUCCUCGCGCAGCUCAGGGCAGCACAAGAGAGCGAAAUUCCCAACUUCAAAGGCUCCGAUCUCGGCCAUUUUCCACUCGCGCAGCUGACGACGUUCCCGCCGGGCCGCAUGGGCCUCGUCGCCGCGCGCGUCGAGGACAUGCUCGCGCCGCUUCUGGCGUCCGGCGACCCGACGCAGCCGGCCUUCUUGCGGUCGCUGAUCGUGCUGCUCUACGCGUCGCGCGUCGGCCGGUCGCCGGUGGUGCUGCCCGGCGCGUUGGGCGACGAGUGCGUCGCGGACCAGGACUCGCGGUCCUACCGGCGCCUCCAGAAGGGCCGGCGCCGCGACAAGCCCUCCACGCCCGCCGACGCCCACAAGCGGGACGCGGCGACGCUCACGGACCACUGCCGCGGCGCCUUCGAGGCGCUCUGCGGCGCGUCCGACGACGACGUCGCCGCGUCGGGCCUCGUUUUGGCAAAGCUCAAGGCCGCGAUGCCCAUCUUCCAGUUCCUCUGCCAGCCGAAGAAGCAGUCCUUCCUCUACGAGUUGGAGCGCCGCGCGCGCUACGCGCACUGCGUCGUGCUCCGGCGCCUCUUCGGCGCCGCGCCGCCGCUGCCGCGCAUGCUCUUCGACUGCGGCGCGGACGCUUUGCUCCGCUUCUGCUCCUUCGCGGUCCAGGCGGGCUUCAACGAGAUCGAGGACGGCGACGUCAAGCACCUGUCCGCGUCGGACCGGCGGCUCCACUACUUCGCCGUCGAGUCCAUGCUCCUCACGCUGUCCUGCGCGGCGAACGUCAAGGACGAGGGCUUCGUCGACUGCGGCCUCGACGCGGACCGCGCGGAGAAGCGGCGCCUGAACGCGCUCCGCGACGACCGCGCGGGGCGGGGGCUGCGGCGCCGCGGCGGCAUCUCGAGCGCGCUGACGGGCAGCGACGCGCGCGAGCUCCGCGACGACGCGCGCGACGACGACGACGAACGGGACGACGGCGCGCAGCUCAUCUCCGUCGCGUCGACGACGUCCCAGACGACGUCGGCGUCGCUGUUGGAGGCGCCCGUCGCGCCGCGGAAUCUCGUGGCCCAGAUGCUGCUGUCGACGUCGACCCUCGGCGACGUGCUGGGCCUCGCGCGGCGCGUGCCGACGUCCGAGAUCGUCGCGAUCGACGCGCUCGCGGCCGCGGAGGCCAAGGUCGUCUCCGCGGCCGCGGCCUUCGUGGCGGCGGCGGCGCCCGUGCCCUUCCCGGACAAGCUCCACGACCUCAAGUACGAGCCCGCGGUGGGAGAAGACGCGGGCUACGCGGCGGCCGAGGUCACGCUGCGGCCGCUCCGGGCCCAGGCCGUGGACCCGCUCCGCGCGUCGCUCUCCGUCGACGCGCCGCUCGAGUGCCGCGCGGCGGCCUGCGGCGCGCUGGCGAAGCUGGGGGCGACGCCCGCGGGCGCCGACGAGCUCCACGCGCGCGGCGUCAUCCGCGGUGUCAUCCGCGCGCUGAGCCGCCUCGCGCCGCGGCGGCCCGUGACGCAGGCGGCCGUGGACAAGGUUAUUCGAAGCGUGCCGCGGUCCGCGAUCAUCGACGGGGACCACAGCGCGACGCUGCACCUGGACCUGGAGACGUGCCGCCUGGUCCGGCUGCCCGUGGCGUGGUACGAAUUCGCGGCGUCCGCGGCGCUAUCGCCCGGCGCGUGCCACGCGAUGCUCGAGGCGCGGGUUGUGUUGCGCUGCGUCGAGCGGUUCUCCUUCGACACGGACAAGCCGCCGUUGGACUGGGCCAUCCGGUCUACCGUCGCGUUGUUGAUCGCGCGGAUGACGACGACGGCGUCGACGACGGCGAAAUUGAAGGCCUUCGGCGGCAAGAUCCACGAGCUCGUCUUGAACAAGAAGUACAAGCUCGCGCCCUACCUCAUCCAGAUGCUCUCGGCGGAGUCGACGUCCGGCGCGACGAAGUACAACGCGGCCUUCGCGGUCGCCGCGCUGUGCUCCGCGAACGUCGCCGCGGCGGCGCCGUGCCUCGUGGAGCAGGGCAUCCUGCCGGCGCUGGUGGGUCUACUCUUGGAGCCCAAGACGAAGCACCCGCUGCUCCGCCACGUGCUCGUGGCCCUGCGGGCGAUCCUACGGUUCCCGGGCGGCGACUACGGCUGGCUCCUCGCGAAGUCGGAGGCGCGGAAUCGCUCCGGCAAGACCGUGCUCGACCGGCUCCGCCAGAUCGCCAUCGACCUGCGAUUACUGAACCACCAGCGCCUCGUGCGGGGGCGGCCGGCGCUCAACGAUCUCGCGCGGGACCUGCUCAGCGCCAUGCACGGCGACCUCGAGAAGACGUCGAAGAGCGACCGCGCGCGCGAGCGCCGCGGCGCGCUCGGCGGGCACGAGGUCGCGCACGAGAUCGUCGCGGGCAAGGCGUCCGACGUGGAGAAGCAGGAGAUGGCGGACUUGUACGCCAUGGCCGAGCGCGCCGCCGACGACUUCUACGACGACCAGCUCGAGUCGGAGGCCGCGUCCGGCGCGGACCUGGAGUCGUACGACGCGACGGCCGACGAGCCCCCGAACACGCGCGACGGCCUCCGGACGGCGGACUUCCCCGACGCCCUCGGCGGCGACCUCGCGGACGACGACGCGCCCGCGCCCGCGCCCGCGGAGCCGCCGCGCCGCGUGUCCAUGGCCGCGUACCACCAGGCCGAGGUCGACGCCUGGCAGGCGCGGCGGGCCGCGCCCGUCGAGGCGCCGCCCUGGGAGGCGGCGCGGGGCGACGACGACGGCGACGACGACGACGAAGCCCUGGCGUCCGACGACUCGCGGUACUCGUCCGAGGACGAGCUCGAGGCGCAGCGCGCGUCGCGGGACAAGGCCGUACAGGACGCGAUCGCGAGCAAGCGCGAGCUCCGGGCCGCGAGCGACGCGGCGAACGCCGAGGUCAACCGCACGGGCUCCAUGUUCCUCUCGGCCGAGGAGCUCGUCAGGCAGGAGACGGACGCGGAGAAUAAGGAGCGGGAGGAGGCGGCGCUCCUCGCGAUGCACCGCGCGUCUUUACCCGCGGCGCCGCCGGAGCCCGCGCCGCUCCUCGAGCGGUCGUCGGUCCUCGCCGCGCCGUCGACGGACGCGCUCCACGCCGAGCCGAGCGGCUUCUCGCAGACGACGGCGUCCGAGGACGACGCGCCGUUCGCGGCGACGAUGACGGCCGCGGAGGUCGCGGAGGCCGCGACGAUCGCCGACGCGGCCGCGGACGUCCAGGGCGAGCUCGACGCGACGCGGGGGCGGCGCCGCGCGGAGGCGGCGCGCGAGCGGCUCCACGUGCGCAAGCUGGGGGACGCGCCGGACGCGCCAAAGCGGCCGAUCCCGCGCUACGAGACGAUGACGCUCGACGCGCGGCCGGACCUGGCCCUGACGCGGCCGCCGCCGCGGCCCCGGCGCGACGCGACGCCCGCGCCGGCGUCGCCGCCGCCGCCGUCCCUGCCCGCGCGGCCCCGGGGGCACGCGCGCGAGCUGUCGGACCCCGUGUUCAGCGGGCCCGAGCAGUUCUGCCGCGGCCGCCUCGAGCGCUUCGACGACCUCGAGCUCCCGCGCAUCGACCCGUCCAUCUGCGCCGUGACCUUCGACAACAUCCACGAGAUCACGACGCGGCGGCGCGCCAUCGGCAUGCGGCGCAAGAGGGCGCAGAAGGCGCGGACCGCGUUCCACCACGAGCCCAAGGCGCCGCCCCAGAGCAAACUCGCGAAGCAGCUCGCCGAGGCCCGCGCCGAGGACUCGGCGACGGCGAGGGAGCUCGCGCGGCUCUCGAAGAGCGCGUCGGCGGCGAACGGGCUGACCCCGCUGCAAAGUACGCUGCCGCCGCCCCGGCCCCCGAGCUCCUCGGGACCGCCGCGCGCGCCCCCGCCGGCCGGCGGGCCGCCGCGCGCGCCCCCGCCGCCGGCCGCGCACCUCGCGACCGGCGCGCGGCCGCCGCCGAGGCCGCCGGGCGCGCCCGCGGCGGCGCCGCCGCCGCGCGCCCCGCCGCCGCCCGCGGGCGGCGGCGACCUCCUGUCCCAGAUCCAGGCGGGCAAGGGCUUGAAGAAGUCGCCGACGACGACGCCGGAGAAGAGCGCGCCGCCGCCGGACGCCGGCGGCGACCUCAUGUCGCAGGUCAAGGCCGCCAAGGCCCUCAAGAAGAGCCCCGAGGCCGCCAAGGCGCCGGCGCCGCCGCCGGAGGUCAAGAGCCACGGCGGCUUCAACGCGUCCAUGCUCGACCAGACGAGCGCGAGGAAGCCGCUCAAGCGCCAGUCGACGCACGGAGCGGGCUGGAGCGACGACGAGAACGACGACGCGCCGCCGCCGAAGGCCCCGCCGGGCGGGCUCCCGCCGCCGCCGCGCCCGCCCGGAGCCGGUGGCGCGGGCCUCCCCGCGCCGCCGCGGCCCGCGGCCGCGCCACCCGCGCCCAAGCCCGCGGCGCCGAAACCCGCGGCCGCGGCGCCCGCGCCCAAGCCCGCGCCGAAGCCCGCGGCGGCGCCCGCGCCGUCGGCGCCGCCGCCGUCGUCCGGCGACCCGAAGCUCAAGAAGUACGAGAUGAUGCUCAAGAUGCACCUGCCCCGCGGCGCCGCGCUCCUCGAGGCCGUCGCGGACGCGCGCGCGCGGCUCGCCGCGGCGCAGCGCGCCGGCCGCGAGCGCGAGGCGCUGCUCGGCAUGGGCUACGCCGGCGCCAGCGGCGCCGCCGUCGACGACCUCGCGGCGCUGCGGCGCAAGCUCGGCCGCUGCCGCGCGGAGAAGCGCAAGGCCACGGCCCUCCUCAUGCACGCGCUCGGCAAGGACCGCGUCGCCGCGGGCGCGGCGACGAACGACCCCAAGUGGCUCCGCAAGGUCGUCGCCGAGGCCGCCGCCGCGCGCGAGGCCGCCGCGGGCGAAAAGGCCCGCGCCGCCGCGGCCGCGCGGUCGCGGGCGAAGAAGAAGGCCGCGCCGGGCCUCGCGCUCACGGGCGGCCGCCUCGACGCCUACUACGCGACCAUGGGCAUCCCGCCCGACGCCUACGUCCACAAGACGAGCAGCUGGUAAGUAAGGUCCCGAAGUCUG